UUACCUGGUGGAUCAAUGAGACCCAAACCCUUUCAGUAAGGAAUUCGGCAACAAAACCCAGCAUUGAGCAGAGUAUGGAGCAGUAGAGGCUCUGAUUUGCAGGGUCCUGGAGCCGAGAGGCACGUUAGGGAGAUCACGAUGCAGCAGUCGGCUCCCUUUCGGAGGCAAACAGAGGAAUAUACGCCAGCUGCUUCUCGCCACUCAGGGAGCCUGACAGGGCACGGCUGCUGGGAACUGCAUUUACACUCACACAUGCAUGCACUUCUGACUCUGCCCCAUCCAAACUCUUCCCAGAACCAAGAUAGACGCCUUCCAGGCCGCCCUUGUCCGGUGCCGCCCCGGUGAAGCUGUGCUGGAAAGAUUGAAGGGCCCGCGGAAGAGAGUGCGGAAGGCCUUAGUACCCCUGCACUCUGGGACUACCAUUCCCGAGAUGCCUUGCAAUCGACGCCAUCUUUUCUCCUCGCCCGCUAAGCGGCCGGCUCGAGGGAGGGACAACCUCUUGCGUCAUCGGCGCGCGAGGCGGCCGUCGCGGAGUGAUGACGUAUAAGCCACGCCCCUGCCUGUCAGUCAGAUCGCGGCCGGGUACCGGCCGAGUGGCCCGCGGGGCCGGCGCCGCUAUGGCGGCGGUGUUUGACCUGGACCUGGAGACUGAGGAAGGCAGCGAGGGCGAGGGCGAGCCAGAGUUAAGCUCCGCGGACGUGUGCCCCCUUGCCGAGUUGAGGGCAGCUGGCCUGGAGCCCGUGGGACACUAUGAGGAGGUGGAGCUGACUGAAACCAGUGUGAACCCGGGCCCUGAGCGCAUUGGACCCCACUGCUUUGAGCUGCUGCGUGUGCUAGGGAAGGGGGGCUACGGCAAGGUGUUCCAGGUGCGAAAGGUGCAGGGCACCAAUCUGGGCAAAAUAUAUGCUAUGAAAGUCUUAAGGAAGGCCAAGAUUGUGCGCAACGCCAAGGACACGGCACAUACGCGGGCUGAGCGGAACAUUCUAGAGUCAGUGAAGCAUCCCUUCAUUGUGGAACUGGCCUAUGCCUUCCAGACUGGCGGCAAACUCUACCUCAUCCUUGAGUGCCUCAGUGGUGGUGAGCUCUUCACACAUCUGGAGCGAGAGGGCAUCUUCCUGGAAGACACGGCCUGUUUCUACCUGUCAGAGAUCACACUGGCCCUGGGCCACCUCCACGCCCAAGGCAUCAUCUACCGGGACCUCAAGCCUGAGAACAUCAUGCUCAACAGCCAGGGCCACGUUAAACUGACCGACUUUGGACUGUGCAAGGAGUCGAUUCACGAGGGCGCCGUCACCCACACCUUCUGUGGCACCAUCGAGUACAUGGCCCCUGAGAUUCUGGUGCGCAGUGGCCACAACCGGGCGGUGGACUGGUGGAGCUUGGGCGCCCUGAUGUACGACAUGCUCACUGGAUCGCCACCCUUCACUGCAGAGAACCGGAAGAAAACCAUGGACAAGAUCAUCAAAGGGAAGCUGGCGCUGCCCCCCUACCUCACCCCGGAUGCCCGGGACCUCGUCAAAAAGUUUCUGAAGCGGAAUCCCAGCCAACGGAUUGGGGGUGGCCCAGGAGACGCUGCUGAGGUGCAGCGGCACCCCUUCUUCCGGCACAUUAAUUGGGAUGACCUCCUGGCCCGCCGCAUGGACCCCCCUUUCCGGCCCUGUCUGCAGUCAGAGGAAGACGUGAGCCAGUUUGACUCCCACUUCACAAGGCAGACACCAGUGGACAGUCCAGACGACACAGCCCUCAGUGAGAGUGCCAACCAGGCCUUCCUGGGCUUCACGUACGUGGCACCCUCCGUGCUGGACAGCAUCAAAGAGGGCUUCUCCUUCCAGCCCAAGCUGCGCUCCCCCAGGCGCCUCAACAGCAGCCCCCGGACCCCCAUCAGCCCCCUGAAGUUCUCGCCCUUUGAGGGAUUCCGGCCCAGCCCUGGCCCACCAGAACCCAUGGAGCCUCCUCUACCUCCUCUCCUGCCAGCACCCCCACCACCGCCACCCUCGAGCACUGCACCUCUCCCCAUCCGACCCCCCUCAGGGACCAAGAAGUCCAAGAGGGGCCGUGGGCGCCCUGGGCGCUAGGAGGACGGGUGGGCGAAGGCCUCCAGGAAGACCCCUCCCUCUAAGCCGUGAGGACAGUGGGCCCCUGGGCCAGUUCAGAGACCUGGGGCUGGGGCUGGGGGUACAGGAGUGAGUGUGUGUGGGAAUGUGUGUCUCUGGGGAGGGUGGCUGUGCCCCUGAAUCAUGAUCAUGAAGGGCUGCUGGUCGAGGGGCCACCCACCUGGCCUCUCGCAGUUGAGCUGUGCCCUUGGAGAAUUAAAGUAUUGAAUCAUGGCA